GCUGUUUGUAAACCUUCCAUACCUAGGGAACGUUAUUUUUAUGAACUUUUAGAAAAAUCUCAUCCUGAACUUUUACCUUUCAUUCCUCAAUACUUGGGUGUUGUUAACGUUAUUAAUCGUACUCAUGAUGGUGAAAUAACGCCGGAAGUAGUUUUUGAACAAAAUAAGCAUCUUUUACCUGAAUGGAUGCUUAAUAGGGUUAAUUCUUUUGAUAAUCGUUAUGGUGAUGGCUGUCCAUUUUUUGAUAAAGUGAACAAUAAAAUACCUUCAAUAUCUAGUGCUCCAAAUUUACGUUCUUCAAAUGUGAAUCAAGAUUUAAAAAAUGAAGUUCUUCAAGAGGUAUUCUCCCCUAAUGUCGUACGUGCUCGAAUUAAAGCUUUACAAAAAGAACCUGUUAGAAGAAGGCAUUCGAUGACUAAUGUCGCUACACUUAGAUCUGAAUGUAAACCUCCUGAAAAUAUUUUACCUCUUGAUUCUCCUUGUGAAAAGAAGUCCAGAAAAUUAUCUUCUUCUUCUAAAGAAAUUAGUUCUUUUGAUCUAUCAUCUUCUAAAGAUACUGAUUUUCAUGAAAUAUGUCAUUCUGGUAAUGAUUAUUUUUCUAGUGUGACUCCUAUGAGAAAAGAAUUACAAACUUCUUUUUCAAAUUUAACUGAAUCAAAUUCAAAUAUCAAGUUUUCUCAUGAUAAAAUAACUUCUGAUAUGAGUUCAAAUUUCAAGAAAGAUAUUGAUUAUUCUAAAUCAUCAUCAAAAUCAAAACCUACUUUAAGAUUACAAUGUGAUACAACUACAUCUGUUAAUAAUCCUUGGUCUUUACGUUGUUACUCAUUACAACAAUCAACUGAAAAACCUAAUAAUAUAAGACAAUUCAUUAUUCUUGGUGAUCUUACUGGUGGAUUAAAAUAUCCUUGUGUUUUGGAUCUUAAAAUGGGUACAAGGCAAUAUGGUAUUGAUGCGAAACCAAAAAAACGUGAAAGUCAAAUAAAAAAAUGUGCUGCAACUACGAGUAAAACUUUGGGUGUUAGAAUUUGUGGCAUGCAGGCAAAUAAAUAUUAUGGUCGUUCUCUGAAUAAUGAAACUUUUUUUAAGUCAUUAGAAGACUUUAUUCAUAAUGGAAAACAUGUUUUAGUACAUCAUAUUCCAGUUAUUCUGCGUAAACUUCGACGUCUUGCAAAGAUAAUUCGUGGACUUUCAAAUUACCGGUUUUAUGGAAGUA